CGGAGCUCAGUAGUUAGCUGUUAGUGAGUGGUUGGAUCAUGGCGUGUUGUGGGAGCUGCUUGUGCUGUCAGUGCUGCUGCUGCACAGAAGGAGAAACCAGAACACCGGAGGAGCUGACCAUUUUGGGGGAGACCAGGGAAGAUGAAGAUGAGAUACUGCCAAGGAAAGACUAUGAGAGUUUGGAUUAUGACAGGUGUAUUAAUGAGCCCUAUGUGGAGGUGCUGGAGGGGCUGGACAAUAAGAAAGCCAAGAAGUAUGAAGCUGUCAAGUGGAUGUUGGUGUUUGCCAUUGGAGUAUCUACAGGCUUGAUUGGCGUCUUUGUGGAUUUCUUUGUGCGACUCUUCACCCAGCUGAAGUUCAGACUGGUUGGACAAUCUGUGGAAGAGUGCAGUGAAAAUGGAUGCCUUGCCUUGUCCUUGGUUGAGCUUCUAGCUUUCAAUAUGGCCUUCGUAUUCAUUGCCAGUAUUCUGGUUCUGAUUGAGCCUGUGGCUGCUGGAUCAGGCAUACCAGAGAUUAAAAGUUACCUAAACGGAGUGAAGAUUCCAGGAAUCGUGCGGCUUCGAACCUUUCUCUGCAAAGCUGUCGGGGUCCUGUUUGCUGUUGCUGGCGGUCUGUUUGUGGGGAAAGAAGGGCCGAUGAUCCACAGUGGAGCGAUUGUGGGAGCUGGACUACCCCAGUUUCAGAGCAUCACUUUCAAGAAAAUCCGCUUCCAGUUUCCCUAUUUCCGUAGUGACAGGGAUAAGAGGGAUUUUGUGUCUGCGGGAGCAGCAGCAGGAGUAGCGGCAGCUUUCGGAGCUCCGAUUGGGGGAACCCUUUUCAGUCUGGAGGAGGGAUCUUCCUUCUGGAACCAGGCCCUGACGUGGAAAGUGUUGUUCUGCUCCAUGUCUGCCACCUUUACCCUCAACUUCUUCCGCUCUGGAAUCAACUACAACAAGUGGGGCUCGUUUCAGCUCCCUGGCUUGCUCAACUUUGGAGAGUUUAAGUGUCCAGAUGGGGAUAAAAACUGUCACUUGUGGACGGCGGUGGACCUGGCCUUCUUUGUGCUGAUGGGUGUGGUUGGAGGUCUGCUUGGCGCCAUGUUCAACUGCAUCAACAAGCGGCUCGCCAAGUACCGCAUGCGCAACGUCCAUCCCAAAGCUAAAUUCAUCAGGGUCUUGGAGAGCCUGCUGGUCUGCAUGGUUACAUCUGUGGUGGUGUUCAUGGCCUCCAUGACUUUAGGAGAGUGCAGGGAUUUGGCCUCCCCUACUGCUAACAACACAACAGCAAUAGUGUCUGCGAACGAGGACGUGAACUCAUCCAUACGACAGUUCUUCUGCUCCAAUAAGACUUACAACGACAUGGCAACACUUUUCUUCAACCCUCAGGAGAUUGCAAUACAUCAGCUCUUCCACCAAGAUGCAACCUUCAGUCCGGUCACCCUGUCACUCUUCUUUGUGCUGUACUUUUUGCUGAGCUGUUGGACGUAUGGCGUCUCUGUCCCCAGUGGACUCUUCGUCCCUUCACUGCUCUGUGGAGCAUCGCUUGGACGCCUAGUGGCCAACGUCCUUAAAAUGAAUCUGGGCAUGCAUAUCUAUUCUGGGACCUUCGCUCUGAUUGGAGCGGCUGCUUUCCUGGGAGGUGUGGUGCGCAUGACCAUCAGCCUGACAGUCAUCCUCAUAGAAUCGACCAAUGAGAUCACCUAUGGCCUUCCCAUCAUGAUUACACUGAUGGUGGCUAAAUGGACGGGGGAUUUCUUUAAUAAAGGCAUUUAUGAUAUCCACAUCCAUCUGAGAGGAGUACCGCUGCUGGAGUGGGAGACUGAAGUAGAAAUGGACAAACUGACCGCCAGUGACAUUAUGGAGCCCAACCUCACAUAUGUAUACCCUCACACCCGCAUUCAGUCUCUGGUCAGCAUCUUGAGGACCACAGUCUACCAUGCCUUCCCCGUGGUCACAGAGAACCGCGAGUACGAGAAAGAGUUCAUGAAGGGCAACAUCCUCGUCAGCAACAACAUCAAGUUCAAGAAAACCAGCGUGUUAACACGUGCGGGGGAGCAGAGACGGAGAUGUCAGUCGAUGAAGUCAUAUCCUUCCAGCGAGCUGCGCAACGUGUGUGAUGAGCAGGUGGGGGUCGAGCCAACGGAAGAGGGGCAGGACAUGCUGCAGCAGAUGCUGGAGAGGAGACACGUACCCUAUCCUAACCUGUAUCCGGACCAGUCCCCCAGUGAGGAGUGGAGUAUGGAGGAGAGGUUCCGUCCUCUCACAUUUCACGGCCUUAUCCUGCGCUCUCAGCUGGUCAACCUGCUGAUCCGGGGGGUGUGCUAUGCAGAGAACCAGUCGAGUGCAUCUCAGCCGCGGCUCUCGUACGCAGAAAUGACGGAGGACUACCCCCGCUUCCCCGACAUUCAUGACCUGGACCUAGCUCUACUCAACCCACGCAUGAUUGUGGAUGUGACUCCAUACAUGAACUCUAGUCCAUAUACAGUCUCACCAAACACGCACGUCUCGCAGGUGUUUAACCUGUUCAGGACCAUGGGGCUGCGGCACCUACCAGUGGUCAAUGCAGUAGGAGAGAUAGUGGGAAUAAUCACGAGACACAAUUUGACCCAUGAGUUUUUGAUGGCCAAGCUCCGGCAGCAUUACAUCACCAUCUGAGACGAGCACUCACUCUGUCCGGGAUCGGAGUGCCCUCCCCCUGCUGCAGAACAGUUGGGCCCAGACAAGCAUGGGCUGGCCUGAACCCAUACUAGACCACUGACGGGCCUGAAACCCACCUUGGUCUCGCCCUAAAGCCAUUCUGGCCACUUUCUGGACCUCUAGAGCAUGGUACUUUGUUCUUAUUGACUAAUUGACUGACACAUCUGCAUAAAUUAUGCACACAUGCAGUACAUACAUGUACACAUACAUGAAGACAUUUCCAAGUACAUCACACUAAUUUAAAACCUGGGACUUGAGCUCACUCUUCUUUCGGACAAAAAGCCGGCCACAUUCCCAUCGACGAAGAGUACCUUGCCUUGCUUUACCAACCUCACUGUAGCACUUUUAUUUUGGGCAUCGAUUUUGUGUUGUUGUAUGUUUUUUUGUUUUUGCUAUGGUUUCAGGUUGUACAUUUAUUUAUGUGAACAUGCUUUUGCACUAAACAUGGUUAAAAAAAAAUGACUGAACUGGAAAGCUGGUAGUGGACAUUUUUGGAAAGAAUGUCUCCAACAUUCCUUGCAGCUUAGAAAUAACUGUUUUUGUUUGUGUAGUUUUUUUUUCUUUUACUAAAAAUAAUGUAUAAAUACAAUAUUUUAGAUCAUAUUUAUAGUGUUAAUAUGUCAGAACUGUAGGCCAAUAAUGUCCAGUCCAGCUCAGCUUUUGGAGAUUUGCCAUCCUGCAGACUUUAGUUUGGUUUGAAGGUUUUAGCUUAUAUAGACUCAUUAGAAAAAUAGUUGCACCCAGAAGGUAUAGACCAACAGGAAUGAAAUUUAACAUGCAAAUUAGUUAACUUAACAUUAGCGACUAAUAGCUAGGGCUAGCUGCGGUUACCGGCUAAUGCCGCCGAGAGUUCCACACUGAAGUACCCUGAGUGUUCUGGUAAGCCAGGGCGUUAUUAGCUAACGUUUCAUCCCACGUAGCUUGUUUUAACACAGUAAACACAAAGGCUACAGGCUGACAUACUCCCCUCUGAACAGCAAAAGAGCUAGCACUCAGCACGGUUAGCAGCUAAUGCAAAUACUGCUCCAGCGGUGCUAGCCAGGGUUAGCAGCCGGCUGCAGGCCGAUAAUACUCACCUCUAAACAGCGAAAGAGCUAGCGCAUAGCGCGGUUUGCGACUAAUGCUAAUACUGCUCCAGCAGUUCUAGCUGGGGUUAGCAGCAGGCUACAGGCCAAUAAAACUCUCCUCUGAACAGCGAAAGUCCUAACGCUUAGCACAGUUAUGCUAAUGCUAAUACUUUUUCAGUCUCUAGAGAACUUAACUGAAACUCCUGUAUAUGCUUUACUUCAACAGAGGUCUGGUAAAUUUCAUAACACGCACCGGAUUAUAAGGGAAACUGCAAUGACAUUUUUUGGGAAUAUAUAAGAAGUUUAGGUGCACCUUAUGAAGCAAAAAAUAAGGUAUAUUAAAGCCGCAUGUGAUUAAUUAUCACAGGACACCAUACAGAACAACCUAAUGCCGAGACAUCAAGCAUGUUUUAAUAAAAAAUACUCACCACAGAAUACACUACUUCUGUGUGUAGCUUCAUAAUAAUUGCCCAUAUUGGUCUACAUUUUUAAUAAUCUAUUGUUCCUGGUCACCUUUAACUGCUUUCCAAAUACCAUUGCAAUCCAACACUUCUUUCCUUCUGGGUGUAUAAUGUUUUUUUUAUUUGAGUAAUUAUUAAUUAAUGAUUAUAAUUUAUGAUCUCUAUAAUACAUGCAGUCUUUCAUUCAGUUUGAGGAGCACUGACAAUCACUUGUAAUAUAUUCUAACCUAUUUGACCAUGAUAAUUGACUUAUUGUCCCAUUGCCCAGCCAUAAUUAAGGUAGCAUUUUUAGAUUAGGAUUGAAACCAAACUUUGCAGAGCGUGGCUACAGGACCGGGACUUCUCUAGACAGCAUUACUUCAGUAAUGGCAUUUGUUGAUUGAAGCUUGAAUAAUUCCAUUUGAGAAUUAAGCGCAGAAGUGGAAGACAGCACUCCCUGAUUGCUUGACGAGGGACCAGCUGCAAUCCUGCUGUUGUCAUAUUUCAGGGAACAAGCUCCACACUGCAGGUUGUCUUGAGGUUUUCGAUUGAGAACAACAGUGUGCCUAAACAGACAGUCGUUCCCCACUGGAGUAGUGCCAGACCUUUAAGUUGCAUUGUUCAUAUUAUGUACGUGUAGGCUAAUUCCUUGAAGCGCUUCUACUUUACCCGAAAGCAUAUGAUAUUACUUUGCGUGAAAGGAGAAAACCCCAGAUUAACUUUCUCAGGGUGUGUUUGUGUUUCUCAUCAAGGUAGCUACAGGUUAUUAAAGACUACUGUGAUUCGCCUAUAGAAACACACAUAGACAUAAACAAUGUUCAAUAAAUGUAUAAAUCUGUUCUUAAUAUGUACUCAAACACAUUAACCACACGCUAUUAUUUGCAUUAGUGUUGUGUGAUGAAGCUGCAGUGUGUACAUAGUACUGGAAUUAUGCUAAAAUAAUGAGGGCACAUGUUCAUAAACAUAACAUUCCUUUUGUCUGUA